AACUGGAGUGUAAAAUCCAAUGUACGAAACAUUUCAUUAGAUUAUAUAUUUUGUAAUAUUGGUUUUGUAAACGAGUAAUUUUAUUAAAAGUCGUUUUUCGGAUUUUGGAUUAAUUGAAUAUUUAAAGAAGGAAUGAUACACGGAUUUUCUGCUCAUUCAUCUAAACUAUGUUUUCACAAAGAAAUAAAACCAUGGGUUCUGAACGUUUUGUGCUGCUGCUUAUACUGGUCGGGACUCUCCAAAUUGUCUGUGGAGAUAAAGAUAUAGAUAAAGAUAUAGAAAUAUCCUGUGAAGAUGUGACGGGAAAACUGGGAGAGACAUUAAAUCUUACCUGCAGUAUCUCAUAUAAGUGCAGUGAAUGCUACAUUACAUUUUACAAGUUUAAUAAUCCUGCUGCUGAAAUCUGUAGAAAAGUAAUCCCUAGUAAUCCCUGUGAACGGUGGACCAGCAUCACAUGUUCUUACACUCUGAAAGUAACGACAAAUGUUAAAUUAUUUUUGCAAACAGACUGUGGACAUAAAUCAGCAGAAUUCACUGUUCACGUAUCAGAUGAACCGGGGGACCAUCGAGAUACAGUUCAAGGAGGUGAAACGAAUCAGACAUCUUACAAUCCUGCAGGCAUCACCUGUCUUAAACUCCUCCUCCUCAUCAUCAUCAUCUUCAUCAUCUUUAUAGCAAUACAGUCCAAAAAGUUGAGAGAAAAGUGUGCCAACCCUUUUAGAUCUUGUAUGGACAAUGAAAUGUGUGAUAAUGAUGACAACAGUAUAUGAUGGGACAGAACAGUUUAAUCGCAUUGUCACAAUGUGAAACUGUGAAUCAUACUGUCACUAAUGAAGCUCCAUGAGAAGAAACGUCAGCUACUACACUGCCCGGCCCAAACAACAACAACAACAAAAGUUGCCCAAAAAAGGCAGUCCAAUGAAAUAGUAGCAUAUGCAACUUGUUUUGUUUUUUGUCCAGGCGGUGUAUCUGUUGUAGAGGGAACUACUCAAUAAGACUUUGGAUGUCAAGUAUGUUUUAAGAAGCAGAAACACUGUUUUCUGUUUUAUUUUGUUUCUGUGAAAUAACUGUUUUUUUCAUCUGUUGAUCAGAGCAAAAAAGUGGCUUAAAGUAUCUCAAGCACUGUAUGCUGUUAAUAUAUACAGUGAAACUUGAUAUGUUUGUUUUUGUUUUUGUUUACUUCUUAUUUUAACAGACCUUUGAGAAAUGUUCUUAAUAAUUUUGUAUUAUUUGUUUGGUGUUUGUAUUUGUAUCCUACUUUCUUUUUCCUAAAGCUAUUUUUUGUAACUUAAAUGCAGUUUUUUAAUGAUUUAUUAAAGGUUUUAAAAAUGUAAAGGGGUAAUUUAACCAAAAUGUAAAAUACAUCACCCACAUUUAGUUCCAAACCCGUAUGACUUUCUUUCCAUUCACACUUAAUGUGUUUUAGAUGAUUUCUAUGUAAACAUGUGGUAGAAGUCUUUGAGCAUUGCACAUAUAGAGAAUUGCACAAGUAAUCGAUUAAUCGAGUACUCGUUCAGCAUCAACUAAUCGACAUUUAAAAACACUUCUCGAAUAUCACAAAUGAAUGUUCCUGUGUGCAUUCGGCAAUGCUGAAUUAUACUGUACUUUCUCUCUGAAUCUCACCAAAUAUCGUGUCUUAAAAAUUGUUUCUUUACAUCAUCAAAAGUUAUAUUGUAUUAUAAGCUGUUUUUAAUAAUUGGGGAUGCACGAUACCAUUUUUUCUCUUCCGAUCCAAUUCUGAUAUUGGAAAUCUCAGUAUCGGCCGAUCCCGAUCCGAUACAGUUUAGAAUAUCUUUCCAUUAUUGUGUGGAAGUAAUUGGGAGUUCGCUUUAAUAUAUAAAGAAACACAAAACCUCAAAUUACACAUUAUUUCAAGAUAAUUGUACAGCUUAUUAAGAAACACUUUAUUAUUCACUAUUAAACUGGAGAUUGUAGCAGCAAAAUUAACAGUAAUUAAUUAGUGGCUAAUCAACGACUGCAUAUACCCUGAUUUCACACACACUCUUUGUCUGUUCUCAUCGAUAGUAUCUCUGAGACUCCAGACCUUUCUACUAUGUCAAACAUACCUGUGUCUUUCUUCAUUAUUGCCUGCAAGUAUCAUAAGACUGUUGUGAGUUAUCUGUUUCAUCUGUUCAUGGUGUCUAUAACCCAUCUGGAUAUUACUCACCUGCUGUUUGCCACUCUGCUCAACUGGAUUCACUCACAUGAUGCAUCACUGUUUCAAUCAUCUGUUCAAUAAACCAUGCUACUGAGUUCAUAUCUCUGCCUCCUUUAACUUUUAAACCCUCACGCUUUUAUUUUGACAUUCUGAA